UCAAAUCGAUCCCAAACAGCGCACAGCGCUUGCACGCACCUUUCAUUUGAAUUUAUAAAUUUCGUAUUUUCAUUCUCGGCUCGCACGUUGACGUGCACGGUUCGAUUGGGUUCGGUGCGGUGCAGUUUCGUUUUAUAUUUACGGUUUCGAUUUGUGGAAAAGCGCAUUGAAAGCUGAGCGCAAUUUCCAAACAGUUGGCAUUGAAGCGGCUUUUGUUUAAUGCUCAGGUUGUCGUUGUCGAAAUAUUAAGUUGGCCAGCGGCAACAGAGAUUUUUGUUCGGGUGUCGCAAGUCUAAAGAGUAUCUCACCAAAUAUUCGAAAAACUGCAGCAAAAACAAUUUGAAUUGUUGUUGGGUGUAAGGCAAAAGAUAUGCACCAGAUCAUGUCGACACUAAAGCUAGUUAUCUCGCUGAGCGUCCUCCUGGCAGCCGUGCAAUGCUUCGAGAUGAACAUGACUCAAUACUACCAGAUGCCACAGCUAUACGACUUUGAUGACUACGAUCGCUGCCUGCACGAGUUCGGAAAGGGCAGCGGUGCCGAAGGCGGAGGCAACCCAGCCACCUAUUGCUUCGUGCGCGCCGAGGUCCAGCCGAACAACUCGUCAGCGGCGUGGCGUGCCAUCGAGGAAAUCUCCAAGUAUGACCGGCAUCACUUCGAUCAUCGCCAGCUCAACUUCGGACUCUGUUUGCACAAAUGCGAAGAGCAACUGGUUUCGUUGGAUGCAAAUGCCAUGAAGCAGCUACAGGCGGGUCUACUCACAGACAAUGCCAAGGUGAAUGUGUAUCUGGAACUGUUUGCCACCGAGGCAGGCAAUCGAGCACGUUUUAAUGAGCUGACCAACGCCUGCAUCAACUGGCGCUUGCAGCAGCUCAACUUUGGAGUCCAAGCCAAGAGUGUGAUCGAGUAUUGUGAUACGACAGCCACAGCCGGCAAGGUCAUCGAAGAAGAUGAUCCCUGGAAUCUGACUGUAUAUGUUGUGAUUUGUGCUCUAAUCCUGUUGUCCUGCGUGAGCAGUCUCAUCGACUUGCAUUUGAAGCGUCACCGUCACGACAAAAUGCUGAAGGAGCGCGAUCAUUACAAGACCCCACCACGUAGUCUGGUUACCCGGGUUUUGCUCACGUUCAGCAUAGCUAGGAAUUGGUAUCGAUUGAAUCAGGAGCCAAAUGGCAAGAUUGGACGCGAGUUGCGUUUUCUCGAUUGCUUCAAGUUCUUUUCCAUGUUUCUGGUCAUCUUUGCGCACACCAAUUGGGUAAUCUAUGAGGGCGCCAUUAGCAAUCCCCAGGAUCCUGAGCGUAUGCUGCAUACGGCAGCUGGAACGCUGCUCAUCUCUGGCUCACUAAUUACGGUCACUUUCUUUGUGUCCAGUGGUUUAUUGCUGACCGUCAGUUGGCUGGCGGUGACUCGCGCCGUAGAGGAUCGCAAGCCGGAGAAGUGGCGCUUGGCCAAUUAUGUUGUACUCUUUGUCCAGAUCAAUGUGUUUCGCUAUAUACGCCUGACUGUGCUUUAUGCCUUCGUCCUGCUGCUGAGCGGCGUUUACUUUGAGAAUGCCGCCGGACCGCUCUGGCGGCACAUUUUCGAGCGGGAACAGUUGGCCUGCCGCAAGAACUGGUGGACCAAUUUGCUGUAUAUAAACAAUUUUGUCGGCACCGAUGAGCGGUGCCUGCUUCAGGGCUGGUAUCUGGCAUCGGAUACGCAAUCAUUUGCCGUGAGUUUGCUGGUGCUGAUGCUGGGACAUCGUUUCGGACGCUGGAGCAAGCAGAUCUAUGGCAUCGUGCUGGGCACUUUUAUGCUUCUGCCCGGUGUGCUGACCUAUGCCCUGGACUAUUAUCCCAUUUUUCUGGCCUCGCCGCAAACACAAAAGGAUUCGUUUAUUGGGAAUCGUCAGUUCACCGAGUUUUACACAUCCUUUCAAAUGAACUUUGGCUCCUAUUUCUGUGGUGUCCUCGCUGCCCUUGUCUACGAUCAGUUGUCCUUGAAGCAGUAUAAGUUGAGAGAGUUGCGCAGUUUUCAAAUCCUCUGGUUCGCAUUGAUCCCAGUUGGUGUCUUGUGGCUUUUCACGGCGCAUCCGUUGUAUCAGCAUUACUAUACGGAGACGCCUCGAUUUUGGGGCGCUAUCUAUGCGACCGUGCAGCGCAACUUUUGGUCCUUUGGACUCAGCAUAUUCUUUGUGGGCAUGGCCGCAAAGGUUGGAUGGAUUUUCCGCAAAUUUGCCAGCCUGCCCAUUUUCCGUGUAUUGGGUCGCCUCACCUAUGGCGCCUUCAUGGUGCACCUGCUUGUGGCACGUGUGGCACUUGCCACUGUACGUGAGCCCAUUUUCUUUGGAACGGGUACAAUGUUUGCUUACAUUUUCUAUGUAUUGUGCGGCUCGUAUCUGAGUUCUCUGGUGCUGGCGAUAUUUGUAGAGUUACCUGUAUCAUCGUGUCUUAAGCUGAUGCGCUAAUCUUAGCUAAAUCUUUGUAAACUAAUAUGACGAUGACAUUUCUUUCAAAUUGACACGGAAAACAGCUUUAGGAUUUAAAGCUUGUCAAGAUUUCCAUUUGCAGAAGCUUUCAGAGUUGUGCUACAAAAACAGUUGCAAACUAGUGAAAGUAUUUAAAGCUUCAAAAAGCAACUUGGUAGAAUAUAAAUCAAAAGCUUUCUUACACUGGAGAAGUCUGAAAAGUUUGAAUUGAAUUGUUUUAACCUACUGUUUUCUUGUCGACUUUAAGCAAUUGUCAUCGUUGAUAAACUAAACUCAUAACUUAUGCUAAAAAUCUCUUAUUGUAAGUUCGUAAACCUAAGUAAAUUAACUUAAAUAAAGCCAAAAGGGACAAUAAAUAUGAUUAAAAC